AUGGUUAACCGCUUCGCGCCCGUGGACCGAAUCCACCAAGCGCUGCACGCGUACCACGUCGUGGCCGACGAGCGCGGCGAGAUUGUAUCGUCGGUGCACUACUGCUCUUGCAGCUCGAGCGGCGACCACUUCCAGUGUCUGAUCUACGACUCGGAUCGCAGCGACGCCAAGCUGAUCGGAAUCGAGUACAUGAUUCCUGAAGAAGUGUUUCUCACUCUGCCAGACGAGGAGAAGCCGUUCUGGCAUUCACACGUUUACGAGGUGAUGAGCGGUAGUCUGAUUCUCAUUGGACUCCGAGCCGGAGCCGUGGCGGAGGCCGCGGUUAGUGCAGCCAAGAGUGCCGAAGACGCGAUUCACGCGCUGGCAGGCGAGGGGGCGACGGGUGGGGCGGUGCCUGAUGCCGCCGAACUCGCUGCCCUCAACAAGGUCAGGAAGCUCUAUGGCAAGGCUAUUCACACCUGGCAUCCUCCUACGUCGGCUGUACCGCUCGGUGCGCCCCGACUCAUGAUGCCCACCGACCCCAAAUACGGCGGAGUCCCGCCGGACAUGAUCAACGACCGAGACCAACGCUACGGAGUCAACACGGAACGAAAGAAGCAGCAGCGCAACGAAAAGCUCGACGAGUCGUACGUCCCCAACAGCGCCGCCGACCAGUACGUCCACUCGGGCAAGACGCUCCAGUUCACAGCCGAGGAGCGCCCGGUGCACCCCGCCUAG